UUGAUUCUCCGACGCCGCAGCCAACUCCGAUUACUUCCCCUCCUCCUCCUCCUCCUGAAAUUUCAACGGUGGCGUCUUCUUCUCGAACGGCUCCGGAGGCUUCUUCUGCGAGAAUCGAGACGGCAGUGGAGAAGUUGACACUGACGACUCCGGAAUUGAAAGUUCCGCCGGUUUCAUCUAAGGCUCUGCCUGUUGCUAAGAGGCCGGGUUACGGAACCGUGGGCCAGAAAAUGGUUGUUCGUGCGAAUCAUUUCCUGGUUCAAGUUGCUGAUAUCGAUCUCUAUCAUUACGAUAUUUCAAUAACACCAGAGGUUUCCUCAAAAAAGGUCUGCCGAGAUAUAAUAACCCAGCUGGUUGAAUUGUAUAGACAAUCCCAUCUAGGUGGAAGAAUUUUAGCAUAUGAUGGUGGGAAAAGUGUUUAUGUGGCUGGGGAACUUCCAUUUUUAUCCAAAGAAUUUAAGAUAAAACUAGUUCGUAAGGAUGAACCAACAAGGAAAGAGCGCGAGUUUAACGUUUCGAUUAAAUUCGCUUCCAAGCCAGAUCUCCAUCAUCUGCAACAAUUUUUACUAGGACGACAGCGAGAUAUCCCACAGGAAACUAUCCAAGUUCUUGAUGUUGUUUUGAGAGAAACACCGUCAAACAAGUAUACCGUAGUUGGAAGGUCAUUUUUCCAUCCGACCUUGGGACGUCCGGGUGAACUUGGUAAUGGUGUUGAAUAUUGGAGGGGAUAUUAUCAAAGUCUGCGUCCUGUACAGAUGGGUCUAUCUCUGAAUAUAGAUGUAUCAGCUAGAUCCUUCUAUGAACCAGUAUGUGUUACAGAAUUUGUUUCUAUACACUUCAAUCUAAGGAAUUUCUCGAGGCCAUUAUCUGAUCAGGAUUGUCGAAAGAUAAGAAAGGUACUUAAAGGUGUGAAGGUGGCAAUAACACAUAGGGAGCAUGCCAGAACAUACAAAAUUACUGGGAUGUCAUCAGAACCAAUAAAUAAAUUAAUGUUUACUCUUGACGAUGAGAAAACCCAGAUUUCUGUUGCUCAAUACUUUCGUGAAAAAUAUGGUUUUAUGCUCAAGUUUCCAUCUCUUCCCGCGCUACAAGCGGGUAACAAUGCAAAGCCCAUUUAUUUGCCUAUGGAGGUUUGUACAAUUGUUGAAGGGCAGAGAUAUACUAAGAAAUUGAAUGAACGACAAGUAACGGAGAUGUUAAGAGCAACGUGUCAGAGACCUGCUGAUAGGCAAAAUAGUAUAAUGGAGACGGUUAGAAGGAAUGAUUAUACAAACGAUGAAUUUGUCACGGAUUUUGGCAUUCAAGUUAGACAACAAUUGUGCGAUGUUGAUGCUCGAGUUUUGCCAUCUCCAUUGCUCAAUUACCAUUCAACGGGCAAAGAAUCGAAAGUUAACCCUAAGAUGGGUCAGUGGAAUAUGAUCAAUAAGAAAAUGAUCAAUGGGGGUAGUGUGGAACAUUGGACAUGUGUGAACUUCUCUUCUCGGGUGGAUCCGAGCUUGCCAGUUGAAUUUUGCCAUCAAUUGGUUGGCAUGUGUAAUAGCAAGGGAAUGGUUUUCAACCCUAAGCCGCUGCUUCCAAUUCGGCAUGCACAUCCAAAUCAAAUUGAAAAUGCACUCCGAGAUAUUCAUAGUCAGUCUAUGCAAGCUUUGGGACAGGGCAAGUGUCUCCAGUUGCUCAUUAUCAUUUUACCGGAUGUGACGGGUUCCUAUGGAAAGAUUAAAAAAAUUUGUGAGACUGAUCUUGAGCCUGGAAUUGUGUCACAAUGUUGCCGACCCAGGCAGGCACAGAAGCUGAACAAACAAUAUUUUGAAAAUGUGGCUCUUAAGAUAAAUGUUAAGGUUGGGGGGAGAAACAAUGUGUUAGAUGAUGCCAUUAAGAAGAAUAUUCCUCUUGUAACGGAUCGACCUACAAUCAUCUUUGGGGCCGAUGUAACGCACCCACAACCUGGAGAGGAUUCUAGUCCUUCAAUAGCAGCUGUUGUUGCCUCAAUGGAUUGGCCCGAGGUAACGAAGUACAGAGGCAUUGUUUCAGCACAAGUUCACCGUGAAGAAAUAAUCCAGGAUUUGUAUAAAACGACUCAAGACCCUCAGAGAGGAGUGGUGGCUACUGGAAUGAUUCGGGAACUUUUCAUAGCUUUCAGAAGAUCAACGAACAUGAGGCCUCACAGAAUAAUAUUCUACAGGGACGGUGUAAGUGAAGGGCAGUUCAGUCAAGUUCUGCUUUAUGAGAUGGAUGCAAUCAGAAAGGCAUGUGCUUCUCUUGAGGAAGGUUACCAACCUCCUGUGACCUUUAUAGUGGUGCAAAAGAGGCAUCAUACCCGCCUUUUUCCUACCAAUAACCAGAAUAUCGAUAGGAGCGGAAACAUUCUUCCAGGUACUGUCGUGGACACAAAAAUUUGCCAUCCUACCGAAUUUGAUUUCUAUUUGAACAGUCAUUCUGGCAUUCAGGGAACGAGUAGACCGACCCAUUAUCAUGUUCUAUUUGAUGAAAAUAAUUUCAGUGCCGAUAAAAUGCAAAUGCUCACCAAUAGUCUAUGCUACACGUACGCAAGGUGCACACGAUCCGUUUCCAUAGUACCGCCAGCAUACUAUGCCCAUUUGGCUGCAUUCCGUGCCCGAUAUUACAUGGAGGGUGAUGCAUCUGAUACUGGUUCUGUGAGUUCGGGCAGUAGGAAUGUGGAGAUCCAAACAUUACCGAGGAUUAAAGAAAAUGUGAAAGAUGUGAUGUUUUACUGCUGAGCGUCGUUUUUCGGCGUAGGAAUGUGGUCAGGUGCUUAUCUGUGCACUUUUUGGUUGACAGAGUUGGGUAUAUGUUUUGGCUGUCGCUUUCUGUGAGGUGUUUUAUCUUGGUCUCCAGGUUGAAUAUGCUUUUGGAUGGCCUGCUUUUGGUUUUUUUGGGUACAGGGGAGUGCAUGUAAAUAUACGUUUUAAUACCCCAAAUUUAACUAGUUUAUGAGAAUUCAAAAAUUUCAGAUUGUCAUUAUUUUGUUCACA